GUAACAAAAAUUUCGAUAUUAUCGUUCCAUCAUGUCGUUCGACGUUGUCAAAGUCAAAAUGUCAAUAACAAAAUUGACAUGACGUUUCUCUUUUAGUUUUGUUGGAGAAGCUGUCACCACAACCCUUAGCAAAAUGGGGAAAAUUAUGAAGUCUGGAAAAGUCGUAUUGGUCCUUGGAGGCCGAUAUGCAGGAAGGAAAGCAGUAGUAAUAAAAAAUUACGAUGACGGUACUUCAGAUAAACAAUAUGGGCAUGCUCUAGUAGCUGGAAUUGAUAGGUACCCCCGCAAAAUCCACAAACGUAUGGGAAAAGGCAAAAUGCACAAAAGAUCGAAAAUCAAGCCUUUCAUCAAAGUAUUAAACUACAAUCACUUGAUGCCCACAAGGUACACAGUAGAUUUAACUUCAGACCUCAAAGUAGGACCAAAAGACCUUAAAGAUCCCAUGAAGAGGAAGAAGAUUCGCUUCCAGACUAGAGUGAAGUUUGAAGAAAGGUACAAGCAGGGCAAGAACAAGUGGUUCUUCCAGAAACUGAGGUUCUAGGGUGUUUUAGUUUGACCUAUUUUGUAAGAAGUUAUAAACCUAUUCACCUUUUAUUGUAAAAAUGAAUGGUGGAUCAAAUAUGUGUUGAUUGAUUGCCUUUACCCCAAGAAGUAUUGAUAAUAAGGAUACACAAAAAAUGAAAACAGUAGGAGAAUAAUUGUAAAAUUAUGUGUUUCAAGUAUUCAAAUCAUGAAUGAAUAAUAUAAACUGGGUCUGUGAGGUAUGGAAUUUGAACUAUUUCCUAAAUUAAUAGUCUUUGAAAAAAAUAGGAAAAACGUGAAUUUUAAUGUUCCUUACAAAAUUUCAUUACACAGGAUGAUACACAUUGAGGUGGUGAUGAUGGUACAGCAAGUUUUCAUAAUGUUACAUCCUGUAUUUUGUGUCCCCAUGUUAGAGUCAGCUCAUUUUGAUUGACCUAAAAAUGCCAGAAUAUAGGGUGUUACAUUUGAAAAAUUCAUUGUUGACCUAUGCACCUCUUGAUGUGUAUAACCUUGUAAAAUGAAUUUUUGUGGUAAAGUGUACAACACCCAAAUAAAAAAUCGCUGUAUUUCAUAUUGUAUGAAAAGGCUGUCAAUUUAUGAAAUAUUGAAUUUAUUGCAUACUUCAUGGAAAUACUGUUUACUAUGGAAGUGUGAAAUUAUUCCACUACCUACCCUAUGACCAUUUUGUUUGACAAAAUUUGACUCAUUUCAAUGAAGAAAUGUCCUCUCAAAUUAAUUUAUGAUUCAGUAUCCAGAAAACAUGAGAAUGGACUAUUGAAAUGUAAUAUGAAACUGCACUGAGGCAAGAAUAAAAAAG